AUGGUUCGAAACAAAAUUCGCCCUGAUCUUGAUCCCUCCGGUCUCGUGCGGCAAAUCCAAAUGCCUUGUGCAAUUGGCUACAGUGAGCACCUCAACAAGAGAUCUUUAGAUUAUCAGCCAGCUUUUGCGUUGCAAGGUGUGACUAAGUUGUGGGAUUUCAUGUUGAGUUGCCUUGAAUUUCUUGAGAUUAGUAUGGAAACCAUCUUCUUACCCAUCAUCAAGAUAUGGAAAGCAGAGCAAAUGAAUUAUGCAGAGAUACUUGCGACUUUACUUGCUCAUUCAAUGGCAGAUCGAAAUGGUCUUAAUGUUAAAGGUCCGGGGGAUUAG